AUGACCACCAAAUUCAUUCCGCGCGCCGUAUUCCCUCACUACGACUCGAUUCCGCGAUCGUAUUUCCUAGGCCACCACAAGGCUGGUCUGGAGAAGAUGAAAAGUAUGAUAUCCCGAAUAGACUAUAUUAUCGAAUGUCGUGAUUUUCGGGUCCCAAUUACUUCCAUCAACCCCAUGUUUGAGGAGGCUCUCGGAGAUAAACAACGUCUCAUUGUAUAUACGAAGAGAGACUUGGGAGGAGAAGCCGAUGCUAUGGCAAGAAGAAAUAAGGAAUUAAUGCGCAAACUGGAUCCCAACACCACCGUCUUUUUCACCACCUCUAGUUCUCCAGACUCCGUCAGUUCUAUUUUGAGACAUUUAAAAAACGACAAAUCAACCGCUCAUCGAAUAGCAGCGUGUCGAGCGAUGGUCGUCGGGAUGCCGAAUAUCGGGAAAUCAUCGUUGAUAAACACUCUCAGGAAUCAAGGGGUCCAUAAAGCGAAAGCGCUCAAGACGGGUGAACACCCAGGUGUAACGCGCAAGAUCGGUACACCCGUCAAGGUGGUAGAAAGACAAGACGGAUCUUCGGUUUAUGUUUUGGACACACCGGGAGUGUUUGUUCCCUAUAUGCCCGAUGCUGAGAGGAUGCUGAAACUUGCUCUUUGCGGUUGCGUCAAAGACACGAUUAUCCCUCCUGUCACGUUGGCAGACUAUCUUUUAUAUCAUAUAAACUUGAUUAACCCCGAAAUCUAUGGACGAUGGUCCGGUCCUACGAAUGAGAUCAUGCCACUGCUUACUCGAUUUUCCCUCCAAGUGGGAUUGCUUUCAAAAGGCGCUGUUCCGAAUAUAGAACAAGCUGCCAUCAACUUUGUUCAAAAGUGGCGGUCAGGUGACCUAGGGAAGUUUGUUCUGGAUGAUAUAAGAGCGGAAUUGAGGGCACGAAAAGAGGGAAACAUAGAGACGAUAGGUCCUAGUCGGACGCAACAGCUCAAGGCUAUCACGCGUGCACGAAUAAACCGGAAGAAGGAGCAGCGGUUGCAAGCUCCCAAAAGCACGGCUGAAACGCAAGUGAUAUCCAGCUCGGAGCGACGGUAGCUAGACAUGUUAUGUCGAGCGUGUAUAGUAUUAUGUAUAUAAAUGCAGAUCAAUAAAAACGAAUAGUGUACAAAUAGCAUAUCUCGUAUUCAUUAACACGGAAGUCCCAUCGAGAACAUUUGACUAUGAGAUCUUGUCCAGAAGCCUUCGGCGCCUCCUAUCAACAAGUUCUUCUUGAACUUCUUGAAGUGUGGGAAGCCUCCAUUCAACACCAUCGCCUGCAUCACCAGGCAGCGGUUCCCAGCCAUCGUCCGCAUCAUCCUCUCCAUUCUUGAUCAUAUUUUCAAUCGCUUCCUUCUCACGUUUCUGCUCGUAAGCAACCAGAGCAGCCUCUUCCUCGUCCCUUCCAUAGCCGAAGUAAGCAGCAUCAACGUGUUUGCGAAGCAUAUCAGCAGCUUUUUUCCCGCUCUCGGUUUCAUCCUCCUCUGGUCGAUUUCUUCUCGCCGCAGCUUCGAACAUCUCUUUGACACCAGGCAGUUCACGUGCUCGCCCAAAGUAUCUGUAACCUUUCCCACCACCCGGUAUUUCCCUGCCCUCAUCGUCAUAAACUCUUCCGCCGCCACGCAUGUAGUUUGGUCCGCCUAAGUUCCGAAUUUGCGACUCCCACAUGUGUUUCUCCCUCAUAAGUUUGUUGAUCUCAUCGUUGAGAUCCCGGAUUUGAUAGUCACUGAGACUGGGAUCCUGAAUC